AUGUCCCUGCGAUACAAGAGUAGCAAGCCUGGAUUUACAGUUAGAGUUUUGGGAGCCUUCGCUGUGGCGUCGGAGUGGUCAAAGGCCUUGGGCCUCCUUAAAGGCAUGCAGGGCGCGGCAGUCCGAAUUAACACUGCCGUGUGCAAUGCGGCCAUCAAUGCAUGUGAAAGAGCUGGCAUGUGGCAAGUGGCCCUGGUCUUGCUUGAGGAUCUGGAUGCCAGGCGGCUGGCCCCAGAUGAGUUCACUGGCGGCAGCACGGUGGCCGCCAUGGCGGCUGCGGGGAAGAGGCAGGAGCCUCGGCAGCUGCUCUCGCAGUUAGUGGAGCGUGGCGUGCAGAACCAGGUAAUCGCCUACAGCGGCAUGGUCAAUGCCCAUGCCAAGAGAGAGGACAGCUGA